AUCUGUGUUUCUUACAUCACUACUAGAAUCACGUUGUCGAAUGUGGGUUUGAAAAGAAAAACGCUCCUACAAUUUAUUUUUAGGAUAUUUCGUGCUUUUAUUGUGACAAAAUUACGUUUUGAGUGGGUGUCAACAUUGUCAACACGAAUAACAUAGCAACAUGUCGUGGUUAUUGGGUAGAAAUCGUCAGCAGCCAACGGAGCUUGCCGGUGGAGCAGAUGGAGCUGAUAAUCCAGAGGGCAAAACUGCCGGCGAGCGUGGUGGCGACACGCAGCUUACAAGGGCCGAGCGCAAGGCCAUGGAGGCGUAUCGGUUUGAUUCCUCAGCGCUGGAGCGUGCCGCGGACGCUGCCAAAACAUUGGAACGUUCAAAACAUGCGCGGGAAGCAUUGGAGUUGUCCAAGAUGCAGGAGAGUACACGACAGCAAGAAUAUAACACCAAAGUGAAAGAAUAUGAGGCGCACAUAGAGCAGGCCAAGGUGGAACAGAAGCGUAUCGAUCACGAGGAGCGACGCAAGACGCUUAUUGAGGAGACCAAACAACAGCAGCAGCGUGCACAAUAUCAAGAUCAAUUAUCGCGCAAGCGAUACGAAGAUCAACUGGUGCAGCAACAGCGCGUCCAGGAGGAGAAUCUGCGCAAACAGGAGGAGAGCGUGCAGCGCCAGGAGGCAAUGCGGCGUCAAACUAUUGAGCAUGAGAUUGAAAUGAAGGAGAAGAAUCGUCUCAAGCUGCUGGAGCAUGAGCUGCGUGCCAAGGCACGUGUGGAUCGCGAGAAUCGCGAUAUCAAUCUGGAGAAGAUUCGUCUGAAAGCACAAGAGCAUCGUACAACAGUACUGGAGGGUAUACGCACUGCUGGCUCAGUGAUUGGUGCCGGCGCCGAGGCCAUGUUGACCGACUGGGAUAAGGUACUGACUGCUGCCGGUGGAUUGUCGCUGCUAGCAUUGGGUGUGUACAGUGCAAAGGGCGCAACUGGCGUUGUUUCGCGCUACGUUGAGGCACGCAUUGGCAAACCAACGCUUGUGGGUGAAACUUCGCGUUUUGCGUUCCUCGACGCACUUAAGCAUCCACUUAACUAUAUUAAGCGCUUGCGCGCCAAGCCCGCUGAUGCCCUACAGGGCGUUGUAUUGAAUCCCAAACUGGAAGAACGAUUGCGCGACAUUGCGAUUGCCACAAAAAACACGCGCAUCAAUCGUGGCCUCUAUCGUAACGUUCUGAUGCAUGGGCCGCCUGGUACGGGCAAGACGAUGUUUGCCAAAAAGCUAGCCGAGCAUUCUGGCAUGGAUUUCGCUAUUAUGACCGGAGGUGAUGUGGCGCCCAUGGGUAAGGAGGGUGUCACAGCCAUACACAAGGUAUUCGACUGGUCGCAGACCUCAAGGCGUGGCCUUUUGCUCUUUGUUGACGAAGCGGAUGCUUUUCUGCGCAAACGUUCGUCGGAAAAGAUUUCGGAGGAUUUGCGUGCAGCGCUGAAUGCAUUUUUGUAUAGAACUUCCGAACAGAAUCCCAAGUUUAUGCUUGUGCUUGCAUCAAAUACGCCGGAACAAUUCGAUUAUGCAAUCAACGACCGUCUCGACGAGAUGGUUGAAUUUACAUUGCCCGGUCUUGAGGAGCGAGAGCGUCUACUCCGCCUCUACUUCGACAAAUAUGUACUACAGCCAGCUGCAGCAGGCGCCAAACGUUUUAAACUGGACACAUUUGACUACGGAAAGACGUGCGUUAAAAUGGCGGCGUUAUGCGAGGGUAUGUCGGGUCGUGAAAUAUCCAAGCUGGGCGUCGCCUGGCAAGCUGCUGUGUACGCCUCGGAGGACGGUUUGCUUACAGAAAAAAUGGUGCUGGAUAGAUGCACUGAUGCUGUUCAGCAGCACAAACAAAAGAUGGCCUGGUUAUCAGAGCAGGAGCGUGCCGACCACAAAUCCAUAACAGGAACUUCGGGAGCCGCUAAACCACCGCUAACACUCACUGCCAAUAAACUGUGAGUUGGAACUGCUGGAUCUAUCUGUUGACUAGCAUUCAAAAUUUGUUUAGUUUUAAAAAUGGACUAUGAAUAAGUGUAAAACGCGAAACGUUUUUUCUGGUCAUUGGACCCUUUAGUAUGUAUAUACAUUGCACUGCAUGUGUGUAAACAUGCAUUUACUAUUGUACAAAAACAUUGAGUCUUGCUGGGAUUAGACAUACAAUUAAGUUUUA